AUGAAACAUGCAAACAAAUAUAUGGGACGCAACAACUUCUCAAUGAGUGACGUACACGGCAGAUUCAACUCCCUGCUUCGUAGCAAGGAGUAUUCAGCACUGAAAUCGUGCAGAAGCCUUGAGGAGAUCGUGGUGAAACUCAAUCACCACUUCUCAUUCAUAAACGAAGACAUGGGCUACGAAGAGCUACGAAACAAGUUCGUUGAGAACGUCCUGAGCGAGUUGAAUGAGUUCAAUCUCACUGAAUUAGACUAUUUUAUAGAAUAUUAUAUGAUAGGAAACUUCUUUAACAAGAUGGAUGGAAUACGAGAGCACAUUAUAGGGCAGUUUCCAGAACUAAAAACACUGGAUUUGUGUAACAGCUUUGAUGACGUACAGAAACUGUGCAUAAGCAACUGCUUUCUUAAGAAAUACUUCAGAAACAUAUCGUCGUAUGACAGGCAGAAGACGAUGCUGGUUGUAAUGAAGAACUUCAUGGAUGGCGUAUACCAAAAUGCAGGUGGAUACUUCAGGGAGAUUCUGGAAAGCGAAGGAGACAGGCAGAUACUGGAAAUGUGUCUGAAUGGGAGGAAUAUGGAGAAUAAGGGCAGCUUCUUUCCAAAUGCCACUACAAUGAAUGGGCAACAGAUUACAGCUCUACAGAAAGCAGAUGACUUGGAUGAGAUAGCCAGAAUAUUCAAAAUACCAGACGUAGAGCCAGUUGAGUAUCUGGUUAAGAAGAAUAACAGCAUGUAUGCUGACUCAUUCUGCCAAUACGACGAUGUGGCAUGCAUCUACGCCUAUUUCAGGCUAAAGGAGCAAGAAAUAGAGAAUAUCAUGUGGAUUGUGGAAUGCAUGCUACAGAAUGCGCCUGAUAAGAUGGAUGAGAUCAUCGUAUUCGAAUGA